UAUGCGCAUGCUCUUUCGACUUUCACAGCCCCCCUGGUAGAGAAGAGAAGACGUCGUCAUGGCGGCAGCUGCGACGCCGGUGCGGACUCAAGGAGUCGCUGAAAAUCAAGGGGUUGAGUCCGCGACAGGAGCCCUGGUGGAGCUCACCCCGACCCCCGGCGGCCUGGCCCUGGUGAGCCCUUACCACACCCACCGGGCCGGGGACCCCUUAGACCUCGUGGCGCUCGCACAGCAGGUGCAGAAGGCUGAUGAAUUCAUCCGAGCAAAUGCCACCAAUAAGCUGACAGUCAUAGCUGAGCAAAUCCAACAUUUGCAAGAACAGGCCAGGAAGAUACUGGAAGAUGCUCGCAGAGAUGCCGAUUUGCACCAUGUAGCUUGUAAUAUCGUGAAAAAACCUGGCAACAUUUACUACCUUUAUAAACGAGAGAGUGGUCAGCAGUAUUUUUCCAUCAUUUCCCCAAAGGAAUGGGGGACAAGUUGUCCACACGAAUUCCUUGGUGCCUACAAGCUACAGCAUGACUUGUCCUGGACACCGUAUGAGGACAUUGAGAAGCAAGAUGCUAAAAUCAGCAUAGUGGACAAGUUGCUAAGCCAGCCAGUGGCCCUGCCUCCAUGCACUGAACCCAACUUCCAGGGACUGACUCACUGAGAGUGGACUCUGACUAACAGCUCUCAGGUCAUGGAACUGACUGUCGCCUCCUUGUUGCCCCCAUUCUUUGCCUCAGUGGGACGCAUCAUGAGAGUUGAGGGGAUGUAGGUGAAUCAUGAACUUCAUGGAAAGAGA